UACAAUGAACUUGUUAAGAAUUGAUUUGAUUGGUUCCUUGGCUCUUUAUGUAUUCAACCCGUUUUCCAUACAUACUUGUCAGUAUUGCUUACUCAUCUGUGCCUACGAAUAAAUAUGAAAUGCGCAUAACAACUGUUGCCACGUACAAGCGAAAAUUCAACCUUCAUGCUUUGACUCAAUCACUACCUUCCAUAAAAAUCAAUGUCGAUACCGCUCCGUACUGCUUAUACCGCACCUGUGCAAUCCUGUACGAGUUCGAACGUAGGGAUAGGAAGCAACGCCAUCGUCGAUUUGAAGCUUCCUGGGAAUUUGAAGGAACCGAGAGAUCGCCAAGGAAGCAAACUCCUCACAAACGAAAGAAUGUUCUCAACCCAUCAACUAAGAACGCAGGAUCCAUUGCCCAACAUGAACCGCUUGUCGUCCAACCAAAGAACCGAAACCCUCUCGUCUAGGGGUCAGGAGGCCAUCCGAUCCGAGCUGCUGGACAGCCUGGGGAUAGCGCGAACGAUGAAGCCAUCCGCAUCGCAGGAUUCCUUCGGCAAGGCAAUGGAGGCGCGAACGCUGACCUCCACAAUUCCCCAACGCUUCCAGUCCAGGAACUACAAGUGGGAGCUGAGCUUUUCGUCGGCGAGGAACCACAGUGUUCUCAGCAACGACGAGGUUGCCAAGCUUUCACUCAACGGGACCAAUAACUUUCGAUGGGAACAGCACCGAUGAAGGAACAAACGAACAAACAAUGC